GCUCAGUCCAGGCCCGUAAAGCUAAGCCGUCUAUGGCGGCCCGGUUGGGACGAGCACUGGUUCUGGUUCUGUGCGAGCCUCCGCUCUCGCGCUGCUGGGGGCACCGAGUGGUCUACGUCAGGCUCGCGCGUCGCUUCCGUUCGCUCGCGCCCUCAGAAUGCGGAACUCGCUGCGGAGCGACGAUGAGGAGGAUGUUGUGAAGGCAGGUUGGCUGGAGCGCACCGAGCCGUUCAUCCAGCGCACACGCUUAAUGUGCGUGUCACGGCGCAGAGCAGCUAGCGGCUCCCCAACACAUGGUUCCACUCGUGUGCAGUAACAUAACGAACGAAAGCCCGGUUUGGACGGCGCCGCGUCCCCCUCUCCCUGUGACCGAGGAGGACACCCACCUCCCAGGCCGUCAUCAGCAGCUGGUGCCUGAGCGAGCGUUAGCGGCUAACAGGCUAACGUAAGCAGGCCUGACGUUGUUGUCUCUGAACCAUCACCAUGAUAAUCAAAGAGCAUCAGCGUUGCACCUGAACUGUCCCUGCUGUGAUGGAACGUCACCACUGAGGAAAGAGAGUAUCCUGUGAUACAGGACGUCAUCAGCCCAAGAUGGAGAAAAAGAAAAUGUGCCCUCGCCUUCUCGACUACUUGGUAGUGGUUGGAGCAAGGCAACCGAGCAGUGACAGCGUGGCCCAGACGCCUCAGCUGCUUCGCCGUUACCCGUUGGAGGACCACCACGACUUCCCUCUCCCGCCCGAUGUGGUGUUUUUCUGCCAACCCGAGGGCUGCCUCAGCAUCCGCCAGCGCAGGGUCAGCCUUCGCGACGACUCCUCGUUUGUGUUCACACUGACCGACAAGGACUCAGGAAUCACUCGCUAUGGGAUCUGCGUCAACUUCUACCGCUCCUUCCAGCGCGGCCACCACCGCCCCCGCGGGGACAAGAACAGUCACUCGGAGACGGCGGCGCCGGAGAGCGCCAGCGAAGGCUCUGAUGGUGGCGCUCCUCCGUCAGCGCUAGCUCCGCCCAACGGCGCUGAGGUCGGACAAGCACCCGCCUCUGGAGAGGAGAGUGGGCCGCACGGCGCUGAGCUGAACGCAGGAAAGUCCCCGCAGCACAGACGGAGAGCGGCCAAGAUGGCGGCCAGGAACCGCAACAGCACGCUGACCUCCCUGUGCAUCCUCAGCCACUACCCCUUCUUUUCCACCUUCAGGGAGUGCUUAUACAUUCUCAAGAGGCUGGUGGACUGCUGCAGCCAGAGGCUAACGCAGCGGGCCGGGCUGCCCCGGGCCACGCAGAGAGACACCAUGUGGCGGGUGUUCACUGGUGCGCUGUUGGUGGAGGAGAAGGGCAGCCUUCUGCUGGCCGACCUACGGGAGAUCGAGUCGUGGGUGUACCGGUUGCUGCGUUCCCCGGUCCCAGUGGCGGGUCAGAGGCGUGUGGACGUGGAAGUGCUGCCGCAGGAACUCAAAAGGCUGCUGACCUUUGCCCUGCCCGACAACUCCCGCUUCUCCAUGGUGGACUUCCCUCUGCACCUGCCCUUAGAGCUGCUGGGCGUGGACGCCUGCCUUCAGGUCCUCACCUGUGUCCUUCUGGAGCACAAAGUCAUUCUACAGUCCAGAGAUUACAACGCUCUGUCGAUGAGUGUCAUGGCGUUCGUGGCUAUGAUCUAUCCGCUGGAGUACAUGUUUCCCGUCAUCCCCUUACUUCCGACCUGCAUGGCCUCUGCUGAGCAGCUUCUUCUCGCCCCCACCCCCUACAUUAUCGGCGUACCGGCCAGCUUCUUCCUCUACAAAUCUGAUUUCAAAAUGCCAGACGACGUGUGGCUUGUGGAUCUAGACAGCAGUAAGGUUAUUGCACCCACAAACGCAGAGAUCCUCCCACCUCUUCCGGAGCCCGAGGCACUAGAGCUUAAGAAACACCUGAAACAGUGUCUGGUUAGGUUGACCGUGAUCACCCAAAAGCAGAUCUUCUCCUCUGAAAAUAAGGCCUUGGCCAGUAUGAGUUUGAACACCCAACCCAUUCUGAACCUGGAGAAGUUCCAGGAAGGUCAGGAAAUGCCUCUGCUCCCUCCUGGGAGGGACAAAGCGUCUCCGUCCUCCACAGAGUUCAACCCUCUAAUUUACGGCAAUGAUGUGGAUUCUGUGGACGUGGCCACCAGAGUGGCCAUGGUCCGGUUCUUCAACUCUGGAAAUGUCCUGCAGGGGUUCCAGAUGCACACUCGCACCCUGCGCCUCUUCCCCCGCCCCGUGGUGGCCUUUCAGUCCACGUCUUUCCUCGCGUCGCGUCCACGGCGCUCUGCCUUUGCAGACAAACUUUCUCACACCCAGGCGGUCGAGUUCUAUGGCGAGUGGGCUCUCAAUCCCACCAACCUCGCCUUUCAGAGGAUACACAACAACGUAUUUGACCCCUCCUUAAUUGGAGACAAGCCCAAGUGGUAUGCUCAUCAGCUGCAACCCGUGGUCUACCGGGUGUAUGACGGCAGCUCCCAGCUGGUUGAAGCUAUGGCCGGUCCCUUGGAGGAUGAGGCCAAUGAAUCAGACCCCACAGACAGUGGUAGUGACAGCGAGGCAUAUGAUGACUCCAGCUCAUCUUAUUCCUCACUUGGAGACCUUGUGAGUGAGAUGAUCCAAGGUGACAUUCAGGGAGACACACCAAGUUUGGACCCGCCUACCCACGCUGCACUGGGAGACGCUAGCGAGGUCGAAUUUCAAGAUUUCCGCGACUUCAGAGAUGACCACGGUACGGACGGGCCACCGAGCGGGGACGGACCCGCUGAACCUUCUGACGGGCAGCCUCUUCGCUCCAGCUCCAGCACAACUGCAAGCUCUAGUCCUAGCACAAUCAUCCAAGGAGUCAACCAUGAGCAGGGGGAGGCGCCUGAAAUUGAAGCAUCAGCAAGCGCGGCGUUACAGAAUCCAGUCCCCGGACUGGGAAGUCAGCCGUUCCUCAGACCUACAGCUGAUGCUGGCCUGGCAGACCCCGGCAAUAAAAAGCAGGAGUAUGACAACCCAUACUUUGAGCCUCAGUAUGGAUUCCCCUCAGAGGACGACCCCGAUUUAGAAGAGCAAGUGGAAUCAUACACGCCUCGAUUCAACCAGAAUCUCAAUGGCAACAAGGCACAGCGUCCAUUACGGCCCAGUAGCCUGCGGCUCCCAGGAGAGUCUGACGGGGAGGGGGACUCUCACAACAGCUCACCAAACUCCACCAUCUCCAACAGCAGCAACGAUGGAUUCGGGGGGCUCAUGUCCUUUGCUAGCAACCUUUACAAGAACCACGGCACCAGUUUCAGUCUGUCCAAUCUCGCCCUUCCCAAUAAGGCAGCGAGGGAGAAAUCCACUCCUUUCCCAAGUUUAAAAGUAUUUGGGCUAAAUUCUCUAAUGGAGAUAAUUACAGAGGCCGGCCCGGGGAGCGGAGAAGGGGCGCGUGCACCUCGAGCACUUGUGGACCAGAAGUCUUCAGUAAUAAAGCACAGUCCCACUGUAAAGCGAGAGUCGCCGUCUCCUCAGGGUCGGGUCAACAACACAAGUGAGAACCAGCAGUUCUUGAAGGAAGUGGUGCAGAGUGUUCUGGACGGUCAGGGGGUCGGCUGGCUCAACAUGAAAAAAGUGCGGCGCCUGCUGGAGAACGAGCAGCUUCGCGUGUUUGUGCUGAGUAAGCUGAACCGAGCCGUCCAGUCGGAGGAAGACGCCAGACAGGAAAUCAUCCGUGACGUGGAGGUGAACAGGAAGGUGUACAAGGGCAUGCUGGACAUCUUGAAGUGCACGAUUUCCAGCCUAGAGCACUCCUACACGAACGCGGGGCUCGGGGGAAUGGCCAGUGUCUUCAGCUUACUAGAAAUUGCACGCACACAUUAUCAAACCAAAGACCCAGAAAAGCGCAAGCGAAGCCCCACAGACAGUGCUGGGAGCCCAGGGAGUAAAGAGAGUCCGUCGAGUCGAGUGGAGCCUGCCAAACCUCAGGGCCUUCUGAAUGUCCCUCAACUGCAGCUGCCGCACCACACGGCGGCCAAAGGAGCGCGCCAUUUUGAUACCUGGAGUCUGAACGAGGAGAACUUUAUUGCCUCGAUUGAAUUGUGGAGCAAGCACCAGGAUAAGCAAAAAGCUAUGGAAAAACCUCAGAGGUCUGAGGGAGGAAAGCAGCAGCGCCCCCCGGUGGCGGACGCAGAGGAGAAGAAGUCGCAGAUCAGCGCCGACAGCGGCCUCAGUGUCACUUCUGGAUCUCAGAAGAGUGACACGGAGUCCGUAACGAGCUCGGAGCCGCCGAUCUUGACACGAAGCACCAGCCAGGACUCGGAGGCCAGCACAAUAAGCAACAGCUCUGGAGAGACUCUUGGAGCGGACAGUGACCUGAGCAGCGCAGCAGGAGACGGCCUCGGCGGGAGGACCGCUCCUCACCUCACUCAGUCCAGGGGGACGCUGUCGGACAGCGAGAUCGAAACCAACCCCGCCACCAGCUCCGUGUUUGGAAAGACCCACACUCUGAAACCAGGUGUGAAGGAUCACGUGCCUCCGAUGGCGAAGGCGCCGCCUGUGCAGCCCAUGGAGGACCUGAGCAUGAGGAUUUACCUGUGUGAAGGCCUGCUGGGACGUGAUAAGAGCUCCGUUUGGGAUCAACUAGAAGACGCUGCCAUGGAAACCUUUUCUCUAAGUAAGGAGCGCUCCACUCUGUGGGACCAGAUGCAGUUCUGGGAGGACGCCUUCUUAGAUGCUGUGAUGCUGGAGCGUGAGGGCAUGGGCAUGGACCAGGGCCCUCAGGAGAUGAUUGAAAGAUACUUGUCACUGGGAGAACACGACCGCAAACGUCUAGAAGAUGAUGAGGACAGACUUCUGGCCACACUGCUGCACAAUAUGAUUGCAUACAUGCUAAUGAUGAAAGUUAACAAAAACGACAUCAGGAAGAAAGUGAGACGUCUGAUGGGCAAAUCCCACAUCGGCCUCACCUACAGCCAGGAGAUCAACGAGAUACUGGACAAACUGGCCCACAUGAACGGCCGUGAGCUGUCGAUCAGGCCCAGUGGAAGCCGCCACAUCAAGAAGCAGACGUUCGUUGUUCACGCGGGCACAGAUACAACAGGAGACAUCUUCUUCAUGGAGGUCUGUGACGACUGUAUAGUCUUGCGCAGCAACAUCGGCACGGUUUACGAGCGCUGGUGGUACGAGAAGCUCAUCAACAUGACGUACUGCCCCAAGACCAAGGUGCUGUGUCUCUGGAGACGCAACGGCCAGGAGACGCAGCUCAACAAGUUCUACACCAAAAAGUGUCGUGAACUUUACUACUGUGUCAAAGACAGUAUGGAAAGAGCUGCAGCGAGGCAGCAGAGCAUUAAGCCAGGUCCAGAACUGGGCGGAGAGUUUCCCGUUCAGGACAUGAAGACCGGUGAAGGUGGACUCCUGCAGGUCACGCUGGAAGGAAUCAACCUCAAAUUCAUGCACAGCCAGGUUUUCAUAGAGCUGAGUCACAUUAAAAAGUGCAAUACAGUGAAGGGAGUCUUUGUCCUGGAGGAAUUUGUUCCUGAAACUAAAGAAGUGGUGAUCCACAAGUACAAGACCCCCAUGGCUCAUCAGAUCUGUUACUCCGUCCUCUGCCUUUUCUCCUACGUGGCGGCAGUGAAGGGGAAGGAGGCGGAAGGGAAAGCCAAGAUCCUGUCACCGAGGCCCCUUUCUAGCUAGUCUGCGCCCUCACCCCUCACUGGUGUGCACAGACUUGACAAUCCCCAACUUUAUUCUAAGCACACUCUUCCUGCUCCUUCCUCCUGUACAUACGAGCCCACGACCCUUUUGGAUCUUAUUGUGUAGACGUGUUUGGUCAGUGAUGUUGUGUAAAUAAAUCCAGCCUCGUGCUUUUCGUCCUGAUGUUCAGACCAACUAGCUAAAUGUUCUCUCCCUUAGCUCGUGUCCACCCGUAGCCGAGGCGCAGCGUGCAUGCAGGUCCCGUGCACAGCCUUCACGUUCACCACGAGCUUCUUCCCCGCUCAUGCGUCCGCUUACGACUCUGUGACUUAUUCUGUGAUACGUAAUUACUGUAAAGUUCCAGUCUGUCCAAGUUGAAUCUGGUGAAGCAUCUGGAGACCCUCUAGUAGUGCAGGACGUCCCCAGCUGAAGAUGCUACUGCGCCUCGCAGCAGAGCACCGCAUGUAAACGCUUCUAAGGUGUUUGAGCCCAAACUUCUCUUGCUCUAGAUCGGCCUGCAGGCCUCAGUUACUGUUCUAGUUCUACUCGUCUGUGGUCUGCUGUUAUCGGUUGCAUGUUACUAUGAGGACAAAAUAAAUAUUAUAUAUAUUUCUAUAUAUAGUAUUUAUUUAAUAUAUACAUAUUGACUGUACAUUUUCUGAGAAAAAAAAAACUAUUGAUUUGCUAGAUGUGCAAUACUUAAUAAGUAGUUAGCCAUGACCAGAGCCAGGUUGUGAGUGACCUGGCUUCCACAGGGUGAAGAAUGUAAGAGAGACCUUGUUUUUUUCUACAGUGCAUAUUGUGAUUGGAUGCGAUGACGUCAGUGUGACAUGACUGUUAAACGUUAGUCUUUUUUAUUUUGAGGUAAAUCAACUUUGAAUCCUGUGGCAAAAAACGGCUGCUGUGUCUCGUGAUCAGUAACCGUUUAUAAAACGGUCGACUGAUGCCAGAGCUGAAGCUCACGUCAGUGUUUAGGAGACAAAGAAUGGAAAUCUGGUUUUAUUUGAAAAGGAAACGAUUCAUUCCUAUAAAGUCAAAGCAGCUAAAGCUGAACAUUCCAAAGCCAGCAGCUGUUUUUCGCUCCUGUGGCCGAUGGUUGAUUUGCCGUUCAGACGUGACUCCACAGCUGAGGGCGGCUCACGUCUUCAUGUCGCUGCUGUUCGGUGAUCGUGCAGAACUUCUGAAAUCUGGUUCCGUGUGAGUGUGUGGGUUCGUGUGUAUGUGGUGAACAGUUUCUCCAGAGCAGCAAUAUAUCGGUGGAAGAUGUUUUAUUUUCAUUCCGACAUGCUUGUAUUUUUAGUAAAUUAACUGUGCAAAGGAAAAUAAUCUCGAUUCAGAAGAUGCUGGUCCAUUAGUGAGUAACACCACACGGUGUAAAUAAGAAAUGAGCUGAAGUAACAGGAACCGGUUUGGGAACCAGACCCAACUCUGCUGACAGAAAGUUAAGUUGUUGUUUUUUUUUUAACCGGAUAAUACAACUUAUCUGUAAUUGUACCGACCAACUGCUGUAAAGACAAGGAAUAAAAGGAAGAGGAGAUGCCAGGUUGAAGAACUGCAGUAUCUGAAAAGUAUUUAUAGAAUAUGUACAGCUUUGGCAAUAUAAUAAAGAUGUCCCAAACAAA